GCGCAACUUGAGAAAUAACUACACUGUCCGGAGGAGAGCGCGUGUGACCGUUGAUCGUUAACUUCACGAGCCACACCGGGUUUCUCUUCAGCGCAUUCAUGAGAGCGUAAAGGUGCCAAAAAAGAAACCAAAAACACGGACUCUCUGUGGAUCUCCUGCCGAAGAAAGAGGAGCCAUGGACUAUGUAAAAAAACACAACACUUAUCUCCUCGUCGUCAUUUUGAUAAUGAGCAGUUCCUGUCACGCCCUUUUUGACAGAUUUCAGGAGGAAGACCUCUCAGAUCAGUUGUUUCCUCAUCACCUGGAAUAUGACAACCAAAUUCCCUCCUGUGAUUUUGAGUCACCGUGUCUCUGGACUUCAUCGAACAGCAGCCAAAGUGACUGGUUAUUGAUGUCGCCACAGCAACCACAGAGUACAAAGGCUGGGAUGAUGCCGGCGACUGACAACUCAGAGGGAAGGCCUGAUGGACACUUCCUUCUUCUAACCCCAUCGCCUGCAGCUGAGGCCUCUGGUACAUGUGAAUACCACUUAACUAGUCCAAUCUUGCCAAAGAGCAGCAGGCACUGCCUGUUUCAGGUGGCCGUGUAUGAGGCCGGCCCCAUGGUGGGGAACCUCACACUCCUGAUCAAGCCAGUUCUCUCAGAUUCAGCCGUUCACGCUGAGAUCCUCCACCACAGGAGACGAGAUGACCGCAGGGCUGAGUGGCAGGUUCUUGGGACUAUAAUUGGCUGGGUGGAUGAACCCUUUCAGGUGACCCUGCUCUACACUUCGUGUGAGAGAGAAGCCACUGUGGGUCUGGAUUCUCUGAAGUUCAUAAACUGUGAAUCAGAACUCCUUUCUGGCGAACUGAAUCCUGCAUGUGAGGAAUCUUUCCACUGUGAACACUCAAGAGAUUGCAUUGACCCGAGCCAAGUGUGUAACUUCCACACGGACUGUCCUUUUGGAGAGGAUGAGGGCUUUAUCUGUGAUGCUCUCCCCUUUGGCUCGUACUGUUCAUUUGACGGGGAUUCAUGUGGUUGGUCUGCAUCCAGCCAACACUUAAGCUGGAGAAGAGUUGCUGGAGAUGAGCUUCUGGAGAGAAAAGACAUGCAGGGUGUAGCUCUGCAGCACACACAAGGGCACUUCUUGUUCCUGCCAGUAAGAGAGAGUAAUUCACUUCAGGAAGCAUCCAUUCAGAGCUCUGCGUUCUCUCAUCCAGUCUCUUCUGCUGCGUGCCAGAUGCGUUUCUCCCUGUACCUGCAUGGGCAGUUUAAUGGCUCACUGCAAGUGGCUAUAGAAGAGAACAGGACCAUCGCUGCACCACUGGUCUGGGAGAGAAAUGGUCAGGGGACAGAUGACUGGGAACAGGUUGCCCUAAAACUGACUGGCCUUCCUCACGGGUUUCAUGUUAAGGUGACAGCUGUGUGGGGACAAGGCUCCAAUGCAGAUGUUGCUCUAGAUGAUAUUGCAAUUGGAGCAGCCUGCUUCCACUCAGAUCUCAGCUCUCUGCUGGCCGACUUUGAAGAUUUCUUAAGCCCCCUUCCAGAGCCUUCGGCCUCAGAGGUUUCUCUAAUGACUUGGUGGUUCACUUCAUGUGGCGCCAGUGGACCGCAGGGCCCAACCCAAGCCCAGUGCGACAGCACUUACAGGAACAAAAAUAUCAGUGUUACUGUGGGGAAGGAGGGCCACUUGAAAGGAGUUCAAAUGUGGAAGGUGCCUGCUACUAACAGAUACCUGAUCUCUGCUUAUGGGGCUGCAGGAGGAAAAGGAGCCAAAAACCACAACAAACGCAACCACGGGGUCUUUAUUUCUGCCAUAUUUCCUCUGGAGAAAGGAGAUAUACUUUACAUCUUGGUGGGACACCAGGGAGAGGAUGCAUGCCCAGGGAGAAAUCCUCACACCCAAAAGAUCUGCCUUGGAGAGUCAUCUGUGAUUGAAGACAACCUCAGGCUGCAGGCUGGUGUAGAGUGGGCUGGAGGAGGAGGCGGAGGAGGGGGGGCAACAUACAUCUUUAAGAAGGAAGGCAGCGAGCUGGUUCCCUUACUGAUCGCAGCUGGUGGAGGGGGAAAUGCCUACCUGGAGGACCCAGAGUCCAGCCUGGAAAAUAUACCACUGGAGCAGUAUGAAAACAGCACUGAUGCUCCCAGUACCAGUGGCCAAACUGGUGCAGCAGGUGGAGGUGGUGGCUGGAAAGACAGUCCAAGUUCUCACCCGAUGGCUGGCAAGUCUCUGAUGCAAGGUGCUGAGGGGGGAUCUUCAUGUCCCCUGGCCCUGUCUAAGCUCAGCUGGUCGACCUUUGGGGGAUUUGGAGGAGGAGGUGGUGCAUGCACAUCUGGAGGAGGUGGUGGAGGCUACAGAGGAGGUGAUGCUGCAUUGACGGAUGACAUUACAGCUGAUGGCCAGAAUGGGAUUUCAUUCAUCCAUCCAAUGGGAGAGAUUUUUCUGCACCCUCUGGCAGCCAUGGAGAGUCACGGUGAGUGUGAGAUCAAGGUGCAGGUAAACUGCAGCCACUGUCAGACGCAGAGCUGCAAGCGAGAACCAGAUACCCACCUUGUCCUCUGCCUCUGUGAUGACGAUGAAGUCCUGGCCAGCGACAACGUUACAUGUAUUGGUGCUCUAACAGCUCCUCAAGGCCCGGCUCCGCAGGCCCCGAUGUCGACAUCGCUGAUCCUGGCUGUUGUGGUGUCCACCGUCGCCAGCGGCUUUGCGCUGGUCUGCGCCGGCGUCGUCCUCAUGUGGUACCACAGAAAGAACGACCUGCAUGCAGUGAGGGGGCGUCUUCAGAGUCCGGAGUAUAAGCUGAGCAAAAUCCGCUCCUCCACCAUCAUGACGGACUACAACCCAAACUAUUUUUUCACUGGCAAGGCUGCCUCGUUCAGUGAGCUGAAGGAAGUGCCACGCAAGAACAUCACCCUUCUCAGGGCUCUUGGUCACGGUGCCUUUGGUGAAGUCUAUGAAGGACAGGUUCUGGGGAUGAGUGGUGAUGGCAGUGCGAUGCAGGUGGCCAUAAAGACCUUACCAGAAAUCUGCUCCGAACAGGAUGAAAUGGAUUUCCUGAUGGAAGCACUGAUUAUGAGCAAGUUCAGCCAUGAGAACAUUGUGCGCUGCAUUGGCGUCAGUCUGAACAUCCUGCCGCGCUUCAUCCUGCUGGAGUUGAUGACUGGAGGAGACAUGAAGAGCUUUCUGAGAAGAAACAGGCCAAGAGCAGUACGUCUGUACUACACCCUUGGCCAGACCUCGUCACUCACCAUGCGAGAUCUGCUGCGGAUGGCCAGAGAUAUCGCCUGUGGAUGUCGCUAUCUGGAGGAGAACCACUUCAUACACAGAGACAUCGCUGCCAGGAAUUGCCUCCUUACCUGCCCUGGAUCAGACAGAGUGGCUAAGAUUGGAGACUUUGGCAUGGCACGAGAUAUUUACAGAGCCAGCUAUUACAGGAAGGGAGGUCGUGCCAUGCUGCCAGUUAAAUGGAUGCCACCAGAGGCCUUCAUGGAGGGGAUCUUCACCUGCAAGACUGACACAUGGUCAUUUGGAGUUCUGCUCUGGGAGAUCCUCUCACUGGGUUACAUGCCAUAUCCUUGUAAAACCAACCAGGAGGUCCUCGAGUUUGUCACUAGUGGAGGCAGGAUGGAUCCUCCCAAGGGCUGCCCAGGGCCCGUCUAUCGGAUCAUGACCCAGUGUUGGCAGCACUGUCCCGAGCAUCGGCCCAACUUCUCAACUAUCCUGGAGAGAAUCAACUACUGUACUCAGGAUCCAGAUGUGAUCAACACACCCCUACCUGUAGAAUAUGGACCCAACACGGACGAUGAUGGAGGCACAGUAAUCCGUCCUACUGACCCAACAUCUACCAGCCUCACUCCACUUCUAGUGUCACACCCUCCAACCCAGGAUUCUCCCUCCCAGCUUGGUCUCUCCACCAUGGGCCUGGGUCCCACCCCUCUUCCCCCACAGCCUACAAAACCCCGUCUGCUCCUGCAGAGGACCCAACCUGUCCACCAUGAAGUGAGAUCAUGUCGUGAGGUUUUAGAGCCGUCCUGGGCUGAGCCUGUUCCUGCCCCUGGUUUGUCAGCAGGCUCCAACUGGCUCCAUCCUGAGCCUCCUCAUCACCGACCUUGUUCCAGAAACACCUCGCCCUCAGGGAGCCAGAGGCUGAAGAACAAGACUAAGAACCUUUGGAACCCCACAUACGGAUCCUGGGUCUUGGAUAACUUAAGGGGGAAGAAAACGCUCACUCAUACUCAGUCCAUGCCACUCUCAAGCUCCACCUCCAAAACACAGACCCACAACCCAGCUUCAGAAACCCAUGAGGCUGGCAGUGACGGCACCAGCAGCACCUACCUCAGCCCUAAAAGCCUCUGCACUUCCUCAACUCCAUCUUCUUCUUGCCAGGCUCAGGCUGCCUCUAGCAUGUCCUCUCUUAAGACCCCAGCAGGUGGUGGCACAAAAUCCAUGGACCUUGCUAAGCUCCAGAGUUUCCCUUGUGGCAAUGUCAACUAUGCCUACGAUGAGCAAAGCUAUGAGGCAGAAAGCCUGCCUUUGGUUGUGCCCAAAGCCCCAGAAGAUGUAAAAAACACCAGCUCUGCUACCAGUGUCUCCUCAGGGACUAGCCUGGGACUGGCAUUAGGCCUCCACACCCCCUCAUCUUGCAUGCCCAAGCUGCUGCUGCUGAAGCGCCAUGCCAGCUACGGGCAUGAGGAUGUGAGAAGACACACCAAAACUGAGAAACCCACACGUGACAGAGACUCUGGCUUUUCUCUGUCUGAAGACCUCAGUGUUACUCCUAUCUAAAAGAUGGCUUACUGAGACAGGGAUCUUCAUUCUUAUUAAAAUGUCACCUGACUCCCUUUCUCACAAACUUGAGCUCUGGAAUUUUUUGAAUUAAAAGCAUGACCAUGAAGGCUCCUCCCUGGUCAGGUGCCACAGUGUCAAAUUAUUACAGCUCCUGGAAUGCUGGAAAACACGUUUGAACAUUCCCAUUCGUACAAACACUCUGCACUGUAAUACAGAGAGCCAACACUACAUUCAGAGUCCAGUCAGGGGCUUCUGAUACAAUGGUAGCUGAACACCGAUGCUGAAACACUCGGAGACUUGCAGCCCUGCACUUUCUCAGUGUCCACACUGUGAGUGACGGCUGCCAAAAAUAACUCCUGUUGAUGGACUCUUUUUAUACCUGUUAUUUUUGUUUUUGCUGUAUUUU